AUGCCAUGGAGGUCUCAUUGCCUCCAUGCUGGAUCCCUGCUGCGACAGCAAUGGCGUCUUCACACUAUCAACCGGCUACCAAAUGAAUGGAUCCGCCAUGAAUCAACAUCCAAGCUAACCAGACCGCCAUCCAGACAUACAACGUACACAGCAACAGACACCAAGUCACCUGCAGCCAAUAUAGGAACCAGCACAAGCACCAACGACCCGGAAGCUUUCCCGCCAAUAUCCAUCAAACUCCUCUCCAAGGAAGGCGAAAAAGAAGAUCUGUCUCCAUUACUGACCACGUCUUUCUCGCGCCUGCAACCAGAGUAUCAAAUCCCACGGUAUCCCAUCGUGCUGGCGCACGGGCUCAUGGGAUUCGACGAGCUACGGCUCGCCGGCCAGUAUCUGCCCAGCUUGCACUACUGGCGGGGGAUCAAGGACGCGUUCAACGAGCACGGCAUCGAAUGCAUCACCACGGCCGUGCCCACGACAGGAUCUAUCGAUGAACGGGCAAAGGCACUGUAUUCGCAAAUCCUCGAGAAACUGCCGGCCGAGCCUGUUAACAUCGUGGCCCACAGCAUGGGCGGGCUGGACGCGCGGUACCUGAUCUCGCGGCUAUGCCCGGACCCAACGACAGAAUUCCAGGUCGCAUCGCUCACGACGGUCGCGACGCCGCACCGGGGCAGCAGCGCGGCGGACAUGCUCUUCCGCGACAUCGGGCCCGACCUCCUCCCUCGACUGUACCGCCUUCUCGAGCGCCUGAAGAUUUCCUCUGGGGCUUUCUCCCAGCUCACGACGCCAUACAUCAACUCGCGCUUCAAUCCCGUGACACCGAACUCGGCGUCGACGCGCUACUUCUCGUAUGGCGCGACCGCCACGCCGCACCUGCUCAGCGUGUUCCGCAUCAGUCAUGACUUGCUCGCUGAGGUCGAGGGCCCGAAUGAUGGUUUGGUUUCUGUCAGGAGCGCCAGGUGGGGCGAGUAUAAAGGUACGCUGGUUGGUGUCACCCACCUGGAUUUGAUUAAUUGGACGAAUCGGAUCAAGAACGUCGCGGCGAGGCUGGGGCUGGUGGAGCAGAAGUUCAACGCUGUGGCUUUUUAUCUUGGGGUUGCUGAUAUGCUGGCUAAGGAGGGUUUGUAG